ACUGUUUCCUUGUGAUCCCCACCACAAGCCUUAAGUACUCUCCCUAGCUCUUUCCCUCCCUCUUCUGCAAUCUUCAUUAUUCUAUAUAACCUUCCUAUCUAUAUAAGCUUCAUCAUUUUGUUCAUCGAUUACAGUAAUGCUUUUCCGCUAGCAGUAUGUUUUACACACUCCAAUGCGGAAACAUGAAACAUUCUCCGAUUUUUGGUGGUUACUUGGCUUUCUUCUUUCUUCUAAGCAUUUCCUUGGCUGCUUCCUAUGAUGGGCCAGUAUAUGAUUUUACUGCUUAUACAGAGUGUAAAGCACAGCCGGAGGAGCCACUUUACCAGGGAGGGAUACUGAAAGAUCAGCAGCCAGUUAUGAAACGGAGCAUUAUUAGCGAGACUGCAACUGGUUUUUACACGCCAGCUUUUGUAUUGAAGAAUCUCACGCAGGGCAGCGUUUACUGUUUCUCCACUUGGGUCAGGAUCCAAGGCGCCAAUUCAGCUCUCAUUAGGGCAAGCUUGAAGACUGAAAACAGAACAUAUGAUUGUAUAGGGACUGUUUCAGCUAAGAGUGGAUGCUGGUCAUUUCUCAAGGGUGGAUUCAUUCUUGAUUCACCUUCAAAUUUAGCUUUACUACUAUUUCAGAAUUCAGAUGAUAAGGAUAUCGAUAUAACAAUUGCUAGCUCCUCAUUACAGCCAUUUACUGAUCAGGAAUGGAGGAUCAACCAGCAAUACAUAAUUAACACUCAAAGGAAGCGCGCUGCAACAAUACAUGUGUCUGACCAACAAGGAAAUAGAUUGCAAGGAGCGGAAAUAACUGUGGAUCAAGUCUCAAAAGAUUUUCCAUUUGGUUCUGCAAUAGCAAGCACUAUUCUUGGAAAUUUGCCCUAUCAGAGUUGGUUUGUUGAGCGAUUCAAUGCGGCAGUGUUUGAAAAUGAACUCAAAUGGUAUGCAACAGAACCUGAUCAAGGGAAGACCAACUACACCAUAGCAGACCAAAUGUUGGAAUUUGUUCGAGCCCACCAAAUAAUAGCCAGAGGUCACAACAUAUUCUGGGAAGACCCUAAAUACACGCCCGCAUGGGUUCGGAACCUUGCAGGUCCUGAGCUACAAUCAGCAGUCAACUCCAGGAUACAAAGCGUAAUGAGCAAAUACAAAGAAGAAUUCAUACACUGGGAUGUUAGCAAUGAGAUGCUCCAUUUUGAUUUCUAUGAACAACGACUUGGACCUGAUGCAACCUUGCAUUUCUAUGAGACUGCACAUCAAUCAGACCCAUUAGCAACCCUUUUCAUGAAUGAAUUUAAUGUUGUGGAAACCUGCAGUGAUGUGAAAUCAACGGUUGACACCUACAUUGAAAGGAUAAGAGAUCUUAAACAAGGCGGCAUGUACAUGGAUGGAAUUGGCUUGGAGAGUCAUUUUACAGUACCAAACCCUGCUCUAAUGAGAGCUGUGCUAGACAAAUUGGCUACACUUGGACUACCCAUAUGGCUUACGGAAGUAGAUAUUAGCAGCUCGGUUGGUGAAGAAUUACAGGCUAUCUACCUAGAACAGGUACUAAGAGAAGGCUUUUCACAUCCUUCAGUGAAUGGGAUAAUGCUUUGGACCGCUCUCCAUCCUAAAGGGUGCUACGAAAUGUGCCUAACUGAUAAAAAUUUUAAAAACCUCCCAGCUGGUGAAGUGGUUGACAACCUCUUGAAAGAAUGGCAAACCGGGGAGAUUAAUGGGCAAACAGAUGAACACGGUUCAUACAGCUUUUAUGGUUUCUUAGGUGAAUACAAAGUAAACGUCAGCAGCGGCAACAGAUCAGCAAAUUCUACUUUCUCACUCUGCCGUAGUGAUGAAACUAAACACUUCAGCAUUCAGUUGUAACACCCAUGAUUCUAGUCUCACUUUAUACAAGGGAAAACUAAAUUAGAUUUUAAUAUAUAAACACAUCUUUGCUUGCACGAUUUAAACUAGACAAUUGACUAAACACGUCUAGAAUACGUCCAUUUGGGAGUACUAACUCUUUUGCAAAUAUAAACGAGUUUACUAAGGUCA